CCAUUCUCUCGUCCUACUCCUCAGUUUCUCCAGCGAACAGCCGGCUCCCGAACCAGCGCUCCAACUCAAACAUUCGCGAUUCUGAAAAUGAUGUGCAGUGUUAUUGUGUUGACAGUCUGACCCCGCUGUCACCUGCCGUCAUCUUAUGAGGUGGACUUGUUUAAAGAAGUGCUACCAGAAUGUACGCAUCAGAGCGUACGCCACUGGCGUCAGCCCAACCAGGGCCGCCUUAUGUUUUUAUGGCAAAUCCACACCGAGCAUAUCGAAAGCAAAUAAGACAAUUUCAAUGCUGUGUCUGUACAACAAUCCUGUUAGUACCAACUAUUUUCUUAUCAGCUCUAUUAAUAACAAUACUCUAUUCAGUUGAUGACGAUGUGGUUCCCACUCCGACACCAGGACCAGGACCAGUUCCCACCAAUUCUUCCCUCAAGACUUUAAUGCAACUUCAAUUCCCUUUAAGAGAUAAUAUCCCACCAGGAUGGAGUGGACCUGUUCCUGAUGACAACCAGCUCUCAACAGCUGUUCAGAAAGGAAAAGAAGCCAAUGCCAAAAAGAUUGAAAUCGAGAAGAAAAUGCCUCUGAUGCUACGUGAUAGUCCAACAUAUCGCUACCGUCAAGCACAGAAAACAUCUAAAGAAGCAACCAAGUUAGCUGAAUAUGGACACGUGAUGGAACAAGUUACCAAACAAUUUAGUUCGAUCUCAGGAAAAUCUACAGGACGAGGCCCAAAAGUUGCAUUCAGUUUGCUCGAUAAUCCAGCUUGUACUAAGGACAGCCCAGAUGCCUGUCCGCCAUCUAGGUACCGAUCCAUAGACGGAACAUGUAAUAAUCUCAAUCACACAUGGGGUGUUGCUAUGAAGCCCUUUAGAAGGAUGCUCCCUCCAGAUUAUGCAGAUGGUGUGUCCAUGCCUCGAAUGAGUAGUGACAAUUCUUCCUUACCCUCAGCCCGAGAAGUUAGUUUAACUAUUCAUCGACCUGAGUAUCGGGAUGACCCCAAGUUCACUGUUAUGCUUGCUGUUUGGGGACAGUUCCUUGAUCACGACUUGACAGCAACUGCGCUCAGUCAAGGACAAAAUGGUGAACCUAUCUCCUGCUGCUCAAAAACUCCCGAAACUGCACAUCCUGAGUGUAUGCCUGUUAGAAUUACUCCAGAAGAUCCAAAAUUCAAAGACUCAGGGACGGAUUGUCUAGAUUUUGUCCGUUCUGCACCUGCUCCUUCCUGCACUUUAGGGCCAAGAGAACAAUUGAACCAAGCAUCAAGUUUUCUAGACGCUUCUGUCGUGUAUGGCAGCGAUGAAGCGCUUGCCAAAAAACUGAGGAGCUUCAAACGCGGUAAAAUGCUGGUUAGCUACGGCAAAGAUGGCAAGGUUCUGCUCCCUAUGUCAACAGAUCCCAAUGAUGGAUGCAAUGAAGAGGAAGAAAACAAGAAGGGCAGAUACUGUUUCAUGGCAGGUGACCCACGAUCAAAUGAGAAUCUCCAUCUGACAACUAUGCACCUUUUGUUCGUUCGUCAACACAAUCACGUGGCUGAAUGGUUGGCUUCAACGAAUCCAGACUGGGACGAUGAAAAGCUGUAUCAAGAAUCUCGCCACAUUGUUGCAGCUCAAAUGCAGCACAUUACUUACAAUGAAUUUCUCCCUGUGGUCCUUGGUCCUCAUUUGAUGACUGGUCUUCAAUUACAGCCACAAACCUCAGGCUACUGGAAUAAAUAUAACAAGUCCACAGAUGCGACCAUCGCCAAUAAUUUUGCAGCAUCAUCUUUCCGUUUUGCUCACACUUUACUACCGUUGACCCAACGUUUGUUCGAGAAAGAUGCUGAUAAUAGCACGGAUAUAGCAGGGAAAAAACCCGUUUGCGGUCUUGAUCUUGUCUCUCUGAACAUCCAACGUGGGCGUGACCAUGGCAUGCCAACGUACCCUUCAUGGAGAGAACAUUGCGGAUUCAAACGCCCCACGUCUUUCGAAGAUCUCACUGGUGUAGUAGAUGCUGAAUCUCAGAAGAAAAUGGCAUCUUUGUACAAAUCAGUCGAAGAUGUUGAUCUUUAUACUGGAUCUCUCUCUGAAAUCCCAAUCGAGGGUGGUCUCUUAGGUCCAACUGCCACAUGCCUCCUAGCAGAUCAGUUCAAGAGACUCAAAGACGGUGAUCGCUACUGGUACGAAACUUCUGAAGGACCUCAGAAAUUUUCACUUGCUCAACUCAACGAGAUAAGGAAAACAUCUUUAGCUGGUAUCAUUUGUGACACAUCAGAUGGAGUAGAGGAGUCUCAAAGAUUUGUGAUGCAAAGUGUUUCACCAUCAAAUGCACGCUUACCUUGCAGUCAAAUCCCACGACCAGAUUUAAGAGCCUGGAAGCCACAGUAUCGUGAGUGGGUAAACAUCAGUCUUAUUGCUGGCAGUAUCAAAACACAGGAUGACGCCAUGGUUUGGCAAGGCGCGUUACCUGUUGCGCUAACUUUACCAGCUUAUAUUGGUUCCUCUGAUAUCGCUGAUACUGUGCCACUCAGAGUGAGUGGUGGCAUUCAGUGGUUUUCCAGCUCACUGCGAGUUGUCGAUCAGAACACCAUCUAUGUCAAUGGAUCAUUCUCUGCACCUGAUUAUUUUCAGUCAUGGGACAACUCUGACAGCAAAGUUCGCUGGGCUAAUGGAAAUUUUGAGCUAAAAUUCCACACGGACUCAGACUUCAACUGGCAAGCCGUUCAAGGCCAGUUAAUAUCAUCUCCAGUUUAUUUCAAGGUUGUCAAGGAUAUGAAAGUACCUCUUCCUAAAAUGGAUACGAACGCAAAGAAAUUCGUUCUUGAGUCACCGUCAUUUAAAAAAUUCAUCCUGGAAAAAGAACCAACAGUGUCAAAAGAAAAAUUCAUCCUCCAGAGUGCACCAUCAGUGUCCCAUCAAAAAUUUGUCUUGCAGCAGUCUCCGAAAGAAGUGAGAGCUCCAAUUUUCUUUGAAGGACAGUUCAGUAAGGAUCGCACUGAGUUUUAUUGGAAUGGGGCAGCUUAUGUACUGUUACCUCCUGCCAUGCGGGUAAAAAAAGAUGCUCCAACACCAGCCUCAAGUGCUGAUGUAGAUAUGCCAGAGGAUGAUCCUGGUUUUGAUAAUGACUGGGUUAUCAUUCCCAAAACCAACCCUGCUAGGCCACUGUCAGUUCCCGAGAGUCAACCAGAUAAAGCCAAAGAUGGUGUAUCCAUUGAAGAUGAUUUGUCCAAAAAUGAUGGUACGUCGGGCGAUAAACAGGAACACAUGGUAGCAGUUGCGAAAGAAAAUCCAGUUAAAGCUGACGGCCCAGCUAACGCUGAUGUUCCUACUAAAGCUGAUGGUCCAGCAAAAAAGAGAACUGUAAGAGCUGUGCCAAGUGCUCCAUCUGAGAAACCGAAACUUGGUUUUAUUCUGCAAGCAGGUUCCAAAGAUAGCUCGGAAUCCAAAGAAAAUAAUGUAAUUCCUGAUAAACCAUCCUCUCCCUCCGUAAUUCCUGAUAAACCAUCCACUCCGCCUGUAAUUCCUGAUAAACCGUCCACUCCAUCUGUAAUUUCUGAUAAACCAUCCACUCCAUCUGUAAUUCCUGAUAAACCAUCCUCUCCCUCUAAAGUACCUCCUCACCCUCCCCUUCAGAAACCAAGUGGUUGGGAUUUCGGAGGUGAUCCACUGAGUAUUAACCCGUGGUUCCAUGGACCUUUCCCUGUCAAAAUUAUCGAUGGGUGUGUCACAGCAGGACCAUCAGAUUCAUUGUUUAUGGGUCACUCGACUAUCUGGUCAGGGAAAUUGCCCACACCCAUCGCAAUACCUGUAACAUGGGCCUCAGCAAACGUCUCUACGGAUAGUGGAAGCAAGAUAGGAAUCCACUGGACGCCAACGCUUGUGGCCUAUGGUCGAGUUGAAGGAACAUAUUAUCUUGAUAGUGACGCAAAUUCGACCACUGCAGGCCACUUCAGUUUCCAGAUGCUCCCGGUAUGGGGCGACUCAACCAUCAACAAGGUCCUUGUUCCGGGACAAAAGUUUUACUCGAAAAUAAACAUCGAGGCUCGUCCUGAUUGGCAGAAGUUUUACGCAACUGGUCCUCAAGAAAAAGAUGUAGCUCCUGCUGACGUAGUGGGGGAGCAGAAUGCUCCGUUAACAAUUAAGGGUGAUUACAACUUAGCUAAUACAAUAUUUGAUUGGACAGGAGACAGCGUCAUUAGUAUACCUUAAAAGUUUCGUUUCGACACCAAUUUUGACUUCAACUGAUUUUCCUCCCCUGGUGUUCCAGUUGAGGAAUAAUUUUUUCACCGGUGGCAAAUAAAUUACUGAAUUCUGAAAAACUGUAUCUCAAUUUGCAAUGUCACGAACUUGACAUGGUGUGUAAUUUUUUCUAGUUCAUCCUGUCUCCUACUUCACAAGGGAAAGUAAUCAAUGGAACUUUUCAAAAUCUCCCAUAACUUUUCCUCACUCUGUGAAGAAUAUUUUAUGAAAGUUUAAAGCAAAAAGUUCCCUUGGUUUUUUUCUUAUUGUAAGAUAUUAAUUUGGAACAAAAAUUGUAAAACUUAAUAAUUGAGAUGCGUUUUUCCAGAGUUCAGCCGUAAAAAUGCCAAUCCAUCUAUGAAAAAGUCAUCAAAAUAAACCACGCCUCAUUUAUUGACUCUCUAGGUGUUUUCAAUAAGUGACCAUUCAUGAGAACACUGCCACUUUUACAGUCAAGUGUCAUUUUCAUUGAAUAAGCUUUGUGUGCAGAAGUGAUUAAGCUGGAGGUAAGGCUAAAAAUGAUGAAAAUAUCCUCUUUAUGGACUUUGCACGCAUUCCUAUUAGGAAUGUAACGGAAAGAAGAAAAUAAAUUCACACAAUUGGAAACUCUCUGUAGUAUUUUUCAUCGCUCUUUAAUGUUCCAAUUGUGUUAAGGUUUUGACAAUUAAUUUUUUGACCCUUAUGAUUAUCCUGAAAACAACUAUCGACUAUUAGUUUGAAAAAUUUUAUGUAAGUUUCCUUAUGUUUAUAAUAAUUUUCCACAAAUCAUGCAAAGUCGUAUCUAGUUUCUUCUUCGUUGAAAGAAUCAAAUAUGAGCAGAAACCAUUAAACAAGUCAUUUGCGAUAAAAGAUUUUAAACUCUUCAUAAUCGAUUCCACUUACAGUGUAAGAAUUUUCUCUUUUUACAUUGAUUCCUCGUCGCAAUUUGAUGUUCUUACGGUAGAUCUUUAAGCAAUCUUGAAAUCUGCUUGUAAAUAUGUAUCAUAUUUGAUGGUUGAAAAUUCAAUCAGAAGUAUGCAAGAGUUUUGUAUGGCUGAGAAAAUGUUAAUAAGCUAAGUUUCUAGUCGUAAGCAUUCUUAAUUGAAGUAAGACGCUCUAAACUUUAGUCUUGUUUGGCUCUUAGAUCAAAACAGGCCUGUUUUGAUUAAGCAUCAAGCCAUGGUGGGUAAUUCUGUAUUUACGCCACCCAUGGCUGAAAUUGUAAGGGGGUGGGUUAAUCAAAAUUUAAAAGUAGCUAAGAAACCUCAGAUGAAUCUUUCAGAGUGAAAUGUUUUAGGGGCUUCUUAAAUCAAAACUGCACUGCUUUUCUUGCGUCAUUAAAUUUAGUAUUCAGGGGCCUUAUUAAGAGAGGGAUGAAAGGGUAAUUCCCUCUUGCAAUGCUCAGAAUAAUGAGUUGCUUUGAAUAAGUUUAACAAGUCUGAAUGAGCGAGAUUUUCUGAAGGCUCCACCUCUCCAACCAAAUAUGUCCUCUCUAAAAUCUAACUCAAAUGAUACCCUUUUAAUUAUUUAGUGGAAAUACUGUAAAUGUUGUGAGAAUCAAAAUAUUUGGAGAUUUUUUCAAUAAAAUAUAAUCUCCAUUUAUAACUUCUCGUUAUCAGUUACUUUCAAAAUCAGUCCAUCUUGAUGUUUGAAAAUGUGAGUGUUUUUUUGCCAACUAUCUGUUUGGCUGCGCUCUAUAAGUGUCGCGAUUUUGCUAUUCCAAUCACUUACACCAGAUUGGUACCCUGCAUUUUGAUGCUGAGGAUGCCCUGGAUGGAGAUUGUACGGUGUACAUAAAUCCAGUGUUGUCGAGUUUAGACUUUGUCCGGAGGUGGCUACCGCCACCCAUGAUAGACUUAAAUCUCUAAUAGACUGAAUCUUAUAUAAAAAAAACCUCUGAUUGAUCUAACUAAAAUAAACUCAACAUCACACCAAAAAUGCUGAGAGCCUCCAAUCACCAUAAAAACCCCAAGGAGCCACACUCAUAAGUAUGUCAGCGCAUAAUGAAAGUAAUCAAGGAACAUUUGAUUGAUGACAGAUUUAAAAGUCAAGUUUUAAAACCAAAAAAAGUCUGAAAAUCUGACAACAAUUUGAUGCAGGACAUCUGUUCCUCAUUUUUGCAGUAUUAGUGUCCCAGUAUUUUUUGUCUGAUAAUAGUUAGCAAAGAAAUAUUGAAUCAAUUUUUAUUGUCAAAGAAACAAUGGCUUAGUCAGAAUAUGUUAGUUAAGAUUAGAAUCCCAUGAAAGCAGGUUUUUACAAUUUUUAUUCGUAAUCAAGUGCCAUUUUCACCAAACAUGUUUUCCAUGAUAAUACUAAUGUUAGUAAUUUUUUCUUGUCCACCCAUCGACCAGUAUUAGCUUUACUAAUCAAAGUAGCAGCAUUCCUGUCGGAAAAUUAUGCACCAAGAGUAUUAACUAAUCAUUUUAUCAUUUUCUUUCCUAUCCCAAAAAAUUAAUGAGACGCUUUCAACCCGUCUCCUCUUCCAUUAAUCGUACUUUUCAAAAAUCCAAUCAAACUUUCAUUUUUUUCUAAUUAUUUUCGGUAACAUUAAGACUAAAAAUUAUUUAGUUUCAUAUACCAUCCACUUCUUAAUUUUAUAUGUUUUCCAAAAUUAUUUGAGAUUUUAACAAACACAGAUAUUUUGCUAAUCUCACAAAUGAUUUGCCUAAUUGGUAGUAUUUGAUUACGUUACUUGUUUUCUUUUAAGUGCUGUUGUUCAAUUUAAACGAAGCUAUUGACUGCGAUUAGUAAACUUUAGUAUUUUUAUAUGCUGUGUUAUAAUGACUUAUUUUUCAUGUUGAUCAAAAAAAUUAAAAUAAACCAUUCUUUAUUUUUCAAA